AUGGACGACCAUCACGAAAAUAUUCUAAACCUGAAAACUGAUGAUGAUCCUAUAGUGUCCGAGAUAUCGAUACGUUCCAUAGACCACACGACCAAGAACAGAGCUCUGGACCAGAUGUUACCGAGGUUUAUCGUUCCCAAAGAUGAGACUGUUGCGAUUGAAACCUCCCCAGAGGCUUGGAACCUAGUAGGACGAUAUGACGUUGAGGAGGAAUCUGGAACUUUAAUUCCUUUCCAGAGUGACGCGGUCGGCUUGUUCCAAGACCAUUUCGAUUGA